GCAGUCCUAGUGGUGGGGUCUGUCGCGUGGCUACCCCUUUCUUCUCCCGGGCUCACGCCAUCUUGCUCCCCCCGCCCUCCAAGCCGAGUCACCUCUACUCUUUCAACACUCUUUGCCCCUACCCCGCCCGUUUCCUAGAGUAUCUUGGGCCGCCGCAGCAGAAACCGCUCCUUCUCUGCCCCCACAUUCUCCACGCGGGACCCGCAGCCGUGCCUACAAGUGUUCUAAAAGCAGAGAUGACUAAUACUGCAUCUAGUCCAAUGUCCAACACCGCUUCAAGUAGUGGAAGAAGUGCAGGGAAGUCUAUAAGCUUUGCGUUUGAAUUACAGAGUAUGAUAGAAAUAAAUCAUUUGGAUUUCAGCCUUCUAUUUGAAAAGACAAUCCCACAGGAUUAUGUUUCUGUUGCUUUUGUAGACAGACUCCAAGGAUGCUGGAAGAGAUUUAAAAUCUAUGAACUGUUUUCUUUAGGCGAUGCUAGGAGGCCUCUUCAUGAAACAGCAGUUUUGGUAGAAGAUGUGGUGCACACUCAGUUAAUUAAUCUGUUACAGCACGCUGCUGAAAUUUCUCAGCUACGUGGAGCAAGAGUAAUCUCUGCUGAAGAUCUUCUGUUUUUGAUGCGCAAAGAUAAGAAAAAACUCAGAAGACUACUAAAAUAUAUGUUUUUCCGAGACUACAAAUCAAAGAUUGUCAAAGGAAUAGAUGAAGAUGAUCUUCUGGAAGAUAAACUGGGUGGCAGCAGUAACACAAACAAAAGGCAAAAAAUUGCUCAAGACUUUCUCAACUCUAUUGACCAGACAGGAGAACUGUUGGCGAUGUUUGAAGAUGAUGAAAUUGAUGAAAUUAAACAAGAGAGAAUGGAGAGAGCAGAAAGACAAACACGAAUGAUGGAUUCAGCUCAGUAUGCAGAAUUUAGUGAAAGUCGACAAUUAAGUUUUUCCAAAAAAGCCUCCAAAUUUCGAGACUGGUUGGACUGCAACAGUAUGGAAAUAAAACCUAAUGCCAUUGCUAUGGAAAUUUUAGCAUAUUUAGCAUAUGAAACUGUGGCACAGUUGGUGGAUCUGGCUCUUCUUGUGAGGCAGGACAUGGUAACUAAAGCAGGGGACCCUUUCAGCCACGUCAUUUCUGCAACUUUCAUACAGUAUCACAACUCUGCUGAAGGUUCUUGCAUGAAGUCUAACUCAGACUCCCCUGAGAACACACCUCCUCCUACACCAACAGCUCCAUCAUCCGGAUCACAGCACUCAGGAAAAGCCACAUCAGGAUCCCUAGGGAAUGGGAGUGCUGGACAAGACUCGGCUAAAACCAAGCAAAGGAAAAGAAAAAAGAGCACUGUGGCCUGUGGUGUUGAGGCUCACAGCGAUGCCAUCCAGCCCUGCCACAUCAGAGAGGCCAUUCGACGCUACGGCCACAAGAUUGGCCCCCUGUCCCCAUUCACAAUUUCUUUUUCUUUGACAGAGUGCCUACCGCAGAAAUGGGAUGGCUUUUCUAGCCUGCUGAUGUGACAGUGACUACAACAACAGGAGAGGCAAUGUUAUAUUAAGAUGAUUUCUUUUCCCCAUCUUGGACAAAAUAAAAUACAAGUUUAACUUCUCUGUGUCCUAAAUAGUGGGCUGGUUUGUUGUGACUGUCAACUGACUGACUCCAGCUCUUUUCCAGCCCCCUCAGUGCUUAGUUUUGUUUACUAGAUGGGCCAUUUAGCUAAUUAACGGCAGGAUGUUUGGGAUGGUAUGUAGGUGGACAAGAAUGCAGAUCACACAAUUUUGAAAUUUUAAUUUGGAAUGGAUUUACUGCUAUCGGCUCACACAUCUUAAAACUAGUAUCUUUUUUUUUUUUUU